ACCGACAGCCUAGGUAUAAAACGUGGCGAGGAAGUAGAACCAAGCGCACAGCAUCUCAAGGAUAGGGGAAGUCUGAUUGGCCGCAAUACCCUCUGACACCAUGCUGACCCAAGCACUGCCCUUGCCAUGGGGAACGAAGGAGCUGGCCCUACAGGACCCUUGGCAGUUCCUGAAGCCUACCGAAAAGAUGAAGAUAGAGACGGCAAACAUGCCGUUUGACGCUAAGAAGAUGGUGUGGGUGCCGGACGCAAAAGAGGGCUACGCCCCGGGAGAGAUCAAGGAAGUGAAGGGAGACAUGACCACCAUUCUUAAGAACGGAGCCGAGGAGAUGACUAUGAAGACUGAGCACGUUCAGCAGAUGAACCCUCCGCAGUACGAGAAGUGCGAGGACAUGUCUAACCUGACAUACCUGAACGACGCUUCCGUUCUUCAUAACCUGAGACAAAGAUAUCGCGCUUGGAUGAUUUACACAUACUCUGGACUGUUCUGCGUUGUGGUCAACCCCUACAAGAGGCUUCCUAUCUACAACCCAGAGGUUGUCAUCGAGUACCGUGGCAGGCGCAAGAAUGAGGUGCCACCUCAUCUGUUCGCGGUGUCGGACAAUGCUUAUGCUGCCAUGAUUGCCAAUAGAGAAGAUCAGUCUAUGUUGAUCACCGGUGAGUCUGGUGCCGGAAAGACAGAAAACACGAAGAAGGUCAUUUCCUACUUCGCUAUGGUUGCUGCCUCGGGCGUUAAGCCAGCUGAAGGCGAGAAGAAGAAGGCUAACCUGGAAGAUCAGAUCGUGUCAGCUAACCCUGUCCUUGAGAGUUUCGGUAACGCAAAGACCGUCAGAAACGAUAACUCCUCUCGUUUCGGUAAAUUCAUCAGGAUUCAUUUCGGCCCAUCUGGAAAAUUGGCAGGAGCUGACGUCGAGUCAUAUCUGCUCGAGAAAUCGCGUGUCGUUUCCCAGCAGCCAAUUGAGCGCAGCUACCACAUCUUUUACCAAGUCAUCUCUGGUGCUAUUGAUGGAAUGAGUGAUAUGCUGUUGCUCAAAGACCCUAUCGACAGCUAUCCAUUCGUCUCUCAGGGAAGGACCUAUAUCGAUGGUGUUGAUGAUGGCCAGGAAAUGAAAGACACUGAUGCUGCAUUCGAUGUGCUAUUGUUUACGGGACCUGAGAAAACUAAUAUCUACAAGAUUGUCGCUGCUGUCAUGCACAUGGGAGCCAUGCAGUUCAAGCAGAGACCACGAGAAGAACAGGCUGAGGCCGAUGGCAUGGAAGUUGGAGGUCGGGUUGCCCAUCUGCUGGGCGUAUCAGAUGCUGACCUGUACAAGGGAAUUCUAAAACCGCGUGUCAAGGUCGGCACUGAAUACGUCACCAAGGGCCAGAACAAGGAGCAAUGCUACUACGGAGUGUCUGCCCUAGCAAAGGCCAUGUUCGAUAGAAUGUUCAAGUGGCUCGUCGUCAAAGUCAACGAGACCCUUGCUACUCCUCACAAGAAGUCUUUCUUUAUUGGAGUACUGGAUAUUGCUGGAUUUGAGAUCUUUGAUUCUAACGGAUUUGAACAGAUCUGCAUUAAUUUCACCAACGAGAAGCUACAGCAGUUCUUUAACCAUCACAUGUUCAUCCUGGAGCAGGAAGAGUAUAAACGCGAGGGAAUCGAAUGGACCUUCAUUGAUUUCGGACUGGAUCUGCAAGCUUGCAUUGACAUGAUUGAAAAGCCCAUGGGUAUUCUCGCCAUCCUUGAGGAGGAAUCUAUGUUCCCCAAGGCCACGGAUACCACAUUCAAGGACAAGCUCGUGCAAAACCACCUGGGCAAGUCUAAAGCCUUCAUAAAGCCAAAACCACCAAAGAAGAAUCAAGCAGAAGCUCACUUCGGUAUCUGCCAUUAUGCUGGCAUCGUCAACUAUAACAUCACCGCGUGGCUGGAAAAGAAUAAGGAUCCCAUCAACGACACGGUGGCUGUGCUUCUGGCCAAGUCUCACGGAAACCCCCUCAUGGGCACGCUCUUUGCUGACAAACUAGCAGCCGAGAAAGAGGAGUCAGCAGGAGGCAAGGGCAAGAGGAAGAAGGGGUCUGCCUUCCAGACCGUAUCUGCUGUAUACAGAGAGCAACUUGGCAGACUGAUGCACACUCUUGAGAGCACUCAACCCCACUUUGUGCGCUGCCUCAUCCCUAACGAAAACAAGGAGGGAGGUGCAUUGGAUGCUGAACUAGUAAUAAACCAACUGACCUGCAACGGUGUGCUAGAAGGAAUUCGUAUUUGCCGCAAGGGAUUCCCCAACAGGCUGGUCUAUGGCGACUUCAAACAGAGGUACCAGAUCCUUGCACCAAAUGCAGUUCCUGAAGGUUUCUCCGACAGCAAAGAUGUUUCUGCAAAUAUCCUCACUGCUUUGGAUUGGGAUAAAGAGAUGUACAGAUGUGGUCAUACAAAGGUCUUCUUCAAGGCCGGUUCACUGGGUAAACUGGAAAUGCUGAGAGAGGAGCGCAUCACCCGCAUCAUGACGUUGGCACAGGCAUGGAUCCGCGGCAAGCAGAUGAGGGAACAGUUUAUUGUCAUGAAGGCACAGCGUAUGGCCAUGACCGUUAUCCAACGUAACGUGAGGAAGUACGUCCAGUGCCGCAACUGGCCAUGGUGGAAGCUGUACACUAAGGUCAAGCCUUUGUUGUCUGUUGCUCGCCAAGAAGACGAAAUGAAGGAAAUGAAAGACGAAUUCGAUAAGAUUAAGGCAGAAUUAGAAAAAGAGACAAAAUUGCGUAAGGAACAAGAAGAACAGAUAGUUAAGCUGCAAAAGGAAAAGGCAGACCUACACUCCCAAGUAGAAGGAGAGUCUUCCACUAUUGCCGAUAUAGAGGAGAGAGCCACCAAGCUAAUACAGCAGAAGGCAGAGCUAGAACAGCAGCUGGCUGACUUCCAGGGCCGUCUUCAAGAGGAAGAGGAAGGAUCCUCAGCUGUUUCUGCUGCCAAGAAGAAAGUUGAAGGUGAAUGUUCUGAUCUGAAGAGCAGCAUUGAGGAUCUUGAACGUAACCUAAAGAAGGUCGAGAGCGAGAAGACAGCCAAGGAACACCAGAUCAAGCAACUGAAUGAUGAGAUUGCCCGCCAGGAGGAGCUCAUUGCCAAGGUCAACAAGGAAAACAAGCACGGUGAAGAAAAUCAAACGCGAACCUCUGAAGAUCUUCAAAAAGAAGAGGACAAGUGCAACCAUCUGAACAAGCUAAAGGCUAAGCUUGAGCAGAAUCUUGAUGAACUUGAGGACAACCUUGAGCGCGAGAAGAAGGUGCGUGGAGAUGUAGAGAAAGCAAAGAGGAAGCUUGAAGGUGAUCUUAAGAUGACACAGGAGGCUGUUGAGGAGUUGGAACAUGCAAGGCAAGAACUCGAGGAGAACAUUCGUAGGAAAGACAAAGAGGUAGCCGGCCUAAACAGCAAGUGCGAGGAUGAGCAGGGUAUUGUUCACCAAAUGCAGAAGAAGAUUAAAGAACUGCAGGCCCGCAUCGAGGAAGUAGAAGAAGAGGUCGAGGCAGAGAGACAGUCUCGCUCCAAGGUAGAGAAGCAGCGUGGUGAUGCCGUGCGUGAACUCGAAGACUUGACUGAACGUUUGGAGGAAGCAGGUGGCGCCACUAGUGCCCAGGUAGAGCUGAACAAGAAGCGGGAGGCUGAAUUAGCAAAGCUGCGUCGUGAUCUUGAGGAACAAGCUCUGCAAAACGAAUCAACUAUCUCAUCUCUGCGCAAGAAGCAGAAUGACAUGACUGCUGAGAUGGGAGAGCAGAUCGAUCAACUGCAGAAGGUCAAAGCCAAGAUUGAAAAGGAGAAGGCCCAACUAAAGGUUGAACUUGAUGAUGCUAAGGCUAACAUUGAUCAUGUGUCUAAGAGCAAGGGACAAGCUGAUAAGUUGUCUAAGGCUUUGGAGGGUCAACUAUCUGAAGCCAACGGCAAAUUGGACGAAGCCACUCGCACCAUCAAUGACCUGAACACACAGAAGUCGCGUGCAGCUGUGGAGAACAGCGACCUGAUGCGCCAAUUGGAAGAAGCCGAAUCUCAGGUUGCUCAGUUGAACCGAGUUAAAUCUCAACUGUCAUCACAGCUAGAAGAGAGCAGAGGUGCACUGGAAGAUGAAUCAAGGCAACGGGCAGCCUAUCAGUCUCAGGUACGUAAUGCCCAGCAUGAUGCUGAACAAAUGAGAGAGCAGCUUGAAGAGGAGUCUGAGUCUAAGUCACAGCUUCAGAGACAGCUAGCCAAAGUGUCGAACGAGUUCAACACAUUGCGAGCGAGAGUAGAGAGCGAGGGACUCGGUGGUGGAGGACCAGAAGCCGAUGAGAUCAAGCGCAAAAUGCAGGCCAAGCUUCAGAAUGCUGAGGAUACUGCCGAGUCUGCUCUAUCUAAGGUCGCCCAACUGGAAAAGGUUAAAAUCAAGUUGAUAAACCAAAUCGAUGAUAUGUCUAUUGAGGUAGAGCGUGCGUCAUCAGCAGCAAAUGCUGCUGAGAAGAAGCAGCGCAACUUUGACAAGACUGUCAGCGAGUGGAAGCAGAAGAGCGAUGACCUAGCAACAGAGCUUGAAGCAUCUCAGCGCGAAUGCCGCAACAUUUCUACCGAAUUGUUCAAGGCAAAGUCUGCUGCUGAUGAAGCAUCUGAUAACAUCGAUGGCUUGAGGAGAGAGAACAGGAAUCUCGCUGAUGAAAUCAAGGAUAUUGCUGAUCAAUUGAACGAGGGAGGCAAGAGCAUCCACGAGGUUGACAAGGCCCGCAGGAGAGCAGAGCAGGAGAAGGACGAGCUGCAGUCCGCUCUUGAAGAGGCUGAAGCUGCCCUUGAGCAAGAAGAAGCCAAGUACGUCCGUGCUCAGCUUGAGCUGCAGCAGAUUCGCCAGGAGAUUGACAGGCGCCUUGCUGAGAAAGAUGAAGAAUUCGAGACCACACGUAGGAAUCACCAGCGUGCCAUCGACUCCAUGCAGGCCAGCCUUGAAGCUGAAGCCAAGGGCAAGGGCGAAGUCAUGCGUAUGAAAAAGAAGUUGGAAACUGACAUCAAUCAGCUGGAGGUUGCUUUAGACAGUGCCAACCGUCAAAACGCAGAUGCUCAAAAGAAUUUGAAGAAGCUCCAGGCGCAGAUGAAGGAUCUCGAGAGCCAGAUUGAAGAUGAACAGCGUCAGCGUGAUGAGCUUGCUGAAAGAUUGGGAUCCUCUGAGCGUCGUUGUAACAGCAUCACUGCCGAGCUUGAAGAGGCACGCACUGCACUGGAGAUGUCUGAGCGCAACCGCCGCGCAACGGAGACUGAGCUGAAUGAAGCCAACGAUCACCUUAGUGACAUGCAGUCCCAGGUGUCCUCUGCCAACGCUGCCAAGAGAAAACUGGAGGGAGACCUUACUACCACGCAGGCCGACCUUGAGGAAACCAUGAACGAGAUGAAGCACGCCGAUGAGAAGGCAAGGAAUGCCACGGCAGAUGCUGCCCGCCUUGCCGAAGAGCUGCGUCAGGAGCAAGACCAUGCCCAGCAUGCGGAGAAGGCUCGCCAGUCUGUCGAAGGACAACUGAAGGGCCUCCAGGUACGUCUCGACGAGGCUGAAGCAAAUGUCCUGAAGGGAGGCAAGAAGCUGAUCGCCAAGCUGGAACAGCGCGUCCGCGAACUUGAGGGAGAGCUUGAAGGAGAACAACGCCGCAGCAGUGAGGCACAAAAGAACUACCGCAAGUGCGACCGUCAGGUUAGAGAUCUGAUGAUGCAAAUCGAGGAUUCUAAGAAGAACCAGGCGCACUUCCAGGACAUGAUCGAGAAACUGACCAGCAAAUCCAAGCUGUACAAGCGCCAGAUUGACGAGGCUGAAGAGGUCGCCAACAUGAACCUGGCCAAGUACCGCAAGACACAGGCUGAGCUUGAGGACACCCAGGUUUCACUAGAGGAGGCGGAGGCAGCGGCUACUAAGAUGCGAGCCAUGGCCCGCGCUGGAGGAGUAACUUCCCGCUCUACUAGGUCCGCUACACACGCCAGUUCAAUUGAGUAAAUCGUGUACCAUAAAUUCUUGGCAGGCCAUAUUCACGGAUUGGUGAUUUUACUCUGCUUUAGACGCUCGGCGAUUGCUGGUGGAAAACCCGAUAUUCAUAUAGAACACUAAAAAAGCA